AUGUCUUCCCUUCGCUGUCUUGCGCGCCCCAGAGCGCUGGCGCCGACCUGUCGCUUCCACAGCAUCCGUCUGCUCCCACUGCAGCCCACGCGCCGCUUUGUCAAGACAAGCGACCCCGCGGCUGCCAGCAGGCGAGGUGGCUCCAAGCUGUUCAAGACCGCCGAUGAGGCCGUCGCCGAUGUGAGGAGCGGCUCGACGAUUCUCAGCUCGGGCUUUGGCCUUUGCGGUGUCGCCGAAACGCUCAUCUCGGCAUUGGAGCGUCGCGGCGCGCAGGACCUGCACUCGCUGACGGCCGUGUCGAACAACUCGGGCGUCGAGGGCAAGGGUGGUCUGGCCAAGCUGUCCAAGAGCGGGCAGGUCAACCGUCUCAUCCUGUCCUUCCUGGGGAACAACAAGGUGCUCGAGAAGAAGUAUCUCACCGGUGAGAUUGCCGUCGAGCUGUGUCCACAGGGCACACUGGCGGAGCGUAUCAGGGCGGGCGGUGCUGGCAUUCCGGCCUUCUAUACGCCCACAGCUGCUCACACACUUGUCGAGAAGGGCGAGAUCCCCGUGCGUCUCGAUCCCUCCGGUACCGUCCUCGAAAAGGGCCGCAAGCGCGAGACGAAGGAGUUCAACGGACGCACAUUCCUCAUGGAGACGGCGCUGACGGGCGACGUGGCGAUCAUCCGCGCCUGGAAAGCCGACAAGGCGGGCAACUGCAUCUUCCGCUACACGACCAAGGCGUUUGGCCCCCUCAUGGCCAAGGCCGCCAAGACGACCAUUGUCGAGGCCGAAAACAUUGUCGAGGUCGGCGAGCUGGACCCCAACGACGUCCACCUGCCGGGUAUCUUUGUCGAUCGCAUCGUGCCCGCCACACAGGACAAGUUGAUUGAGAUGAAGAAGACGCGGGACAUCUUGUCGUCCUCGUCCGACCAAGCCCCCAAGGCCAAGGACGAGGCGCAGGAGAAGAGGAACCGGAUCGGGCGCCGCGCCGCCGAGGAGCUGAGAGAGGGAUACUACGUCAACCUGGGCGUCGGCAUCCCGACCCUGGCGGCCACCUUUCUCCCAGAGGGACGCAACGUCUGGAUCCAGAGCGAGAAUGGAAUCCUCGGCAUGGGCCCGUACCCGACGCCGGACGAGGUGGACGCCGACAUUGUCAACGCGGGCAAGGAGACGGUGACGCUGGUGCCGGGGGCGUCGUGCUUUGACAGCGCCGAGAGCUUCGGCAUGAUUCGGGGCGGCCACGUCGACGUCUCGAUCUUGGGGGCGCUGCAGGUCGCGAGCAACGGCGACCUAGCCAACUACAUGAUCCCCGGCAAGGUGUUCAAGGGCAUGGGUGGGGCGAUGGACCUGGUCGCCAACCCGGACAGCACCAAGAUUGUAGUGGCGACGGAGCACGUGGCCAAGGACGGGCGUUCCAAGAUUGUGCAGGACUGUAGUCUCCCGUUGACGGGGGCGCGGGUGGUGAGCACCAUUAUCACGGAGCUCUGCGUGUUCCAAGUGGACAGGACGGGCGGACGGGACUUGGUGCUGACCGAGUUGGCGCCCGGGGUCACGGUGGACGAGGUGAGGGCCAAGACGGAUGCGCGGUUCGACGUGGCGGACGAGUUGAGGACGAUGACGUGA